CAUGGCUGGGGAACGGCCCCCACUGCGGGGCCCUGGGCCGGGGCCGGGAGAGGCGCCGGGGGAGGGGCUCCCGGGACCAGGGGGCGCGGGUGGAGGCCCGGGCAGGGGCCGGCCCUCCUCCUACCGGGCUCUCCGCAGCGCUGUGUCCAGCCUGGCGCGUGUGGACGAUUUCCACUGCGCGGAGAAGAUCGGAGCCGGCUUCUUCUCGGAGGUCUACAAGGUUCGGCAUCGACAGUCAGGGCAAGUCAUGGUGCUGAAGAUGAACAAGCUCCCAAGUAACCGGGGCAACACACUACGGGAGGUGCAGCUGAUGAACAGGCUCCGGCACCCUAACAUCCUAAGGUUCAUGGGGGUCUGUGUACACCAGGGGCAGCUGCACGCUCUUACAGAGUAUAUGAAUGGGGGGACUCUGGAACAGCUGCUCAGCUCCCCUGAACCCCUAUCCUGGCCAGUCAGGCUCCGUCUGGCUCUGGACAUUGCCCGUGGCCUGCGGUACCUGCACGCCAAAGGUGUAUUCCACCGAGACCUUACAUCCAAGAACUGUCUGAUCCGACGGGAAGACCGAGGCUUCACAGCUGUCGUGGGUGACUUUGGACUGGCUGAAAAGAUUCCUGUGUAUAGGGAAGGGGCAAGGAAGGAGCCAUUGGCUGUGGUGGGUUCUCCAUACUGGAUGGCCCCAGAGGUGUUGCGGGGUGAGCUAUAUGACGAGAAGGCCGAUGUCUUUGCCUUUGGGAUUGUCCUCUGCGAGCUCAUCGCCCGAGUACCUGCAGACCCUGACUACCUACCCCGCACAGAGGACUUUGGCCUGGAUGUACCUGCUUUCCGAACCCUGGUUGGGGAUGACUGCCCCCUGCCUUUCCUGCUCCUGGCUAUCCACUGCUGCAGCAUGGAACCUAGCACCCGUGCCCCCUUCACUGAAAUCACCCAGCACCUGGAAUGGAUCCUGGAACAGCUGCCUGAGCCAGUCUCCCUCACCAGGACUUCCCUAAUACACAGUCAAGGGUCUGUUCCAAGAGGGGGUCCCUCGGCCACGCUUCCCCGGCCGGACCCUCGGCUCUCCCGAAGCCGGUCAGACCUUUUCCUGCCGCCAUCACCAGAAUCGCCCCCUAACUGGGGGGACAAUCUGACUCGAGUCAACCCCUUCUCUCUACGGGAAGACCUCAGGGGUGGCAAGAUCAAGCUCCUGGACACACCCAACAAGCCAGUCGCCCCCCUGCCCCUUGUACCACCAUCACCGCUGCCCUCCACCCAGCUGCCCCUGGUGACCACUCCAGAGACUCUGGUCCAGCCCGGGACACCUGCCCGCCGUUGCCGUUCGCUCCCCUCAUCCCCUGAGCUCCCCCGACGUAUGGAGACAGCGCUUCCAGGCCCUGGCCCUCCCCCCGUGGGCCCUUCGGCUGAAGAGAGGAUGGAGUGUGAAGGCAGCAGCCCUGAGCCAGAACCCCCAGGACCAGCUCCCCAGCGGCCCCUGGACAUGGCCACAGACAACUUCAUCAGCACCUGUUCCUCAGCCUCCCAACCCUGGUCUCCUAGGCCAGGACCUCCCCUCAACAACAACCCCCCAGCUGUGGUGGUGAACUCCCCACAGAGCUGGACUGGGGAACCCUGGACCCGGGCCCAGCACAGUCUGCCCCGGGCAGCAGCCCUAGAGCGGACAGAACCUUCACCGCCUCCUUCGGUCCCCAGGGAGCCUGAUGAGGGGCUACCUUGCCCCGGCUGCUGCCUCAGCCCCUUCAGCUUUGGCUUUCUGUCCAUGUGCCCCCGCCCAACACCAGCUGUUGCCCGCUACCGCAACCUGAACUGUGAGGCGGGCAGUCUCCUCUGCCAUCGAGGGCACCACGCUAAGCCACCCACACCCAGCCUGCAGCUGCCUGGGGCACGCUCUUAGCAAUGGGACCUGUGGCCUCAGGCCUCCAACUUUGGCCUCCAGGACAUCCUGUGAGGACAGUGUACACUUGCUGGACAGUGCCAGCCCCAGAGGGCUGACUGGCUCUUCUCCCCAUAUAGGGGAACCUCAGCAUGGACUCGAGGGACAGAGCACUUCCCAUCCCACCCCUGGGCUGCUGCUUCUGUGGGGAUCACUGAACUAGACACAGUGUUGCUGACACACGAGACUAACACGUGCAAAUUAUUUAAAAAUAUUUCAAUAAAACUGCCUGGCUGGCUCCGGGCUGCCCCUA